AUGGACCAAGAGGACAGUUUGCCCUCAGGGGCCUCAGGCGACCUCACCCCAUCUCCACUGGUGGAAGCUAUCGAAAGCGGCGACCGGGCUUCGGUGUCAAAGGUGUUGGAAGGAUUGACCCCUGACGAACGGCAAUGCGAGCUUACGACGGCGUGCGCCGGGAGUGGUGCAGGACGAAGCCAUGGUGCUGACCUGUCGGCACCGUCGGCACGCACGUCAGAGACGGUCAUGCUCCCCGUCUUCCAUGCGGCGUACGUCGGCCACGUUGACGUUUUAUCGGAAGUGCAUAGCGCGCUGGGGGCCAACCUGUCCCAUGAUGCGGUGGAGAAGAUGUUGACGUCCACGUCGGAUCGCGGAGGCCGGAACCUUCUCGCGAAGGCGGUGCAAGGCGGGGCGGCGCCGGUGGUGUGCGCCCUGGUGGACCUCCUGCUUGCCCACAAGCUCGCGCCCGCGCAGAGGGUGAAGGUGCUCAGCUCCGCCAACGGCAGGAACCAGACUACUUUGAUGGUCGCAGCUCAGUCGGGGCAAUCAGAGAUUGCGCAAGCGGUGAUCAGGCUUGUCGGAGAGGACUGGGUGCCGAACGAUAACGAGGAAGCGGAAUUUGUAACCAAAACCGACAGCCGGGGGUGGAGCGCCCUCUCUUACGCCGUCGUCAGCGGACACACGGCCGUCGUGGAUGCCGUGAUUUCCCUCAUCGAGCGAGCGGUUCUUCCUGAACAGGUCAAUCCGAUCAUCGACGACUGCCUCCCUUUGGCGAUGUCCGAGGUGCUCAUGUCCAACAACCAGGUCCGAGGGGACGAGGCCGUCUCGGUGUUGUCGUGCCUUAUCAAGCACGGCGCCGGACCCACGCCAAGGCAGGUGUCACUCGUGGGGAGCAAGGCCGGCUUCGAGGCGGCGAGGAAGUGCUUCCUCGAUGCCGUGUGCUCCGCCGUGAACCCCUUGCUGGUCGGGAUGCGGCUGUCUCUGCUGCUCGCGGAUGCUGCAGAAAUGGGCAACGAGGGGCAGCGGCAGGUGGCUCUCCGCCUGCAGAAUGAAGUCGAAGACCUCGUCCUUGAAGUGUUCGAGAGGUUGCCGCAGACCGUGGAUGCCUUUCGAGAGGGAGACAUCGCCGGCAGCGGCAUGGAUGCAUGCGCCGUCGUUUUCGCCCCGGAGAAGAUGCGGCCACGUGACGAAACCAUCCCGUCCCACUUAUUCCAAGACGACGCCGGCGGAACCCGAGUGGAUUCCGGGCCGCUGGAAAUGGCGUUGCAGGCCCGCCACCAGCUUGAGCUGUUCUGCACCCAACCGCUGGUUCUCGAUUACCUAAACCGCGCAUUCACACGAGGGCUGCCGGGCCUCGACGCGUCGGAGGCCGGGGCUCAGGAGGCCGACCAACUCAAGCUUCGCAUGCAGCGGAACGCGUCCGUGCAAGUCAACGCCGGCGACGGUGAGAGCUCGGGAGAGUUUUCGCGGGAGCUGCUGGAGGUGCUCGAGGGGUCCCACCCGGUGUUCGGGAGCCUGACACUGUCCGCGGGGAAGCAGUUCAUCCUGGCGCAGGUCGUGGCGCGGCCGGCGUUCAGCUACUCGGUACCCGCCGUGAGGAUGGCGGUCGACCUCCUGGUGUACCUCCUCAUGCUCGCGCUCUUCGCCAAGGAUGUCCUCUGGUACGAGGAGGGCACCGUCGAGGUCGGCGAGGUCGUGUUCUUCGUAUACGUCGUGGGGGCGAUCCUGGUCGAGAUCACCGAGCUGUGGGACGGGAGGGAGGAGUACAUGAAGGACCACUGGAACGCGCUGGACGUGGCCGCCCUGGCUUUCUGUGGGGGCGCGUUCCUUGUGCGGGUGUACGACCCGGAGAGCUUGUGGGGGAGAGCCCUGUACUGUGCUGGUGCGCCGCUCCUGCUGUUUCGCACACUCUUUUUCGCGCAGUUCAUGCCGGCGCAGGGACCAAUGAUCGAGAUCAUCUUCAGUCUGGCGGGCGAGCUGCUGAGGUUUUGCACCAUCCUGCUGGUGACAAUGAUGGGCUUCGCAAUGAGCUUUUUCGCUCUCUUCCGGCAUUCCUGCACAGUCGGCUCGUUUCAAACGUAUUGGUCGACGUCCAUCGCGCUGCUUCGAGCGAUGCUGGGGGAGACUAAACUGUACGACGACUUUACCGUAGCCGCGGAGUGCUGCUAUGACGCCGUUGAGCCGUCGGACGAGCUCCACUGCGAAGACUUCCUGAUGGAGUGCUGCCACAACGUGGAAUCUGAGCACUUCAACGGCCUCGUCGGAAAGGCUUUGCUCGCUGCCUACAAUGUGGUGAUGGGAAUCAUUCUGCUCAAUCUUCUCAUCGCCGUUCUCUCCGAAGCGUACGUGGACGUCAAGGAGAACAUCGACACUGAGUCCAAGGUGACGAGAACCCUGGUGAUUCGGCACUAUAUGAAAGCCGUCGAUCAGGACAUGCUCCCGCCUCCUCUGAACCUGGUCCAGCACGCCGUGUCGACGCUGGCGAUGCUCUUCGGCUCCCUCACAGGUAAGACGGGAGUCUUCCGGAAAGCGGAGUUCUACUCGGGACUGGUGCUGUUCUGGUUUGUGUCUGGCCUUUUCGCAGUGCUCGCCGGAUCGAUACUGUGGAUCAUCUCCUGGCCGAGAGGAGUAUUCAUGUUCUUCCUGCGACGGUCAUCACACAGCGGUAGGGUCUCGGCGAGCGCUCAGCUGGUCGCUCUCUUCUGCGGCGCGGCAAUGCCCCUGUUGAUGCUGUACAAGUGGCUGUGGGCCUCGACGUGCGGAGCCCUGUGGCGGCAUCUGGCCGAUGGCGGCGCUUGGUCGAACGACGGCGGGGCCAGUGCCGGCUACGACGAGAUCCGAAGCGAUGAUAGCAGAAGACCCCGGCCGCACGACGACGGUAUCGUCGGGAAGACACUGGAGCGUUACGGCGGCACGGCGGGACAGGGGGGCGCUCUCAACGUGCACCAGCUUCGAGAGUUCUUGGCGAACCCGAUGAAGGACCCCGUGGUCCAGCGGGACGAGGAGACGAGAGAGACCACGGUAGAGCACGUCAAGCUGUUGAGAGACAACCUCACGGAGAUGGUUGGCGAGAGGGUGGGCGAGCUCGAUGCAGCCGCGACGGCGAGGUUUCAGAGCUUGGAGACCAGUAUGGAUGGACGUGUGGACGCGUUGUCGGAGAAGGUGGACAGAGUUGACGAAAAGCUGGCGGAAAUCUUGCGCAAGUUGGAUGGUGCCACCUGAAGCACGCUUUCGAAGGACUUCGCUCUUUGUCGGUAACGUCGUUUAUUUGGUUUUGCGUAGGGAUGUAGCAUCGACGCACAUGGCUGUACGAGAGUUUGUGCUUUUCGGGAGCAAUUGAUGCGUAUCUCCACACGCGAACGUUGUUCCGCUGUACUGCUGGGUGGGAAUUGUGACGUUGUAAGCAUUGUAUCGGCUUCCACGUGUUUCUGUUUGUGCACACGCAAGUACUUUCCCGGUGCGAAGCCGUAGUUUCCUAGAACCACCAUCUCAUGUGCCGUUCUCCAUAGCGUACCAAAUGGGUGCGGUGGGAAACAUUCUCCCGCUACCUUACCAUCGGAUAACUCGGCUCGGUCGUCAUGACUCCACCUUGGGUUGGGCUCAGGACCUUUCAUACAUGGUAUAGAUUUGUUUUUGGAGUUUGCAGCAGAGGCAGUCAUCACCCAUCAAUCCACGCUUGCGUAUUCCUUUCAUGUUUUCUAGUACCAUGUAGACAAACUUAGACAAUGUACGAUAUUUGUAGCAUCAUGUAUGCGUCGCCAGAGCACACUCGAGAUGGGAACCCAUGGCCAGAUGCAACGUCGGCGGCGAAGUGAAUCGUCAUAGCUGAAGUAAUUAUUACCGUUGAGUUGUGACAAGGUGCCUAUCAGAGGCUGUCACAAAGGAAUGAUCUGGUAGGUGUGACAGCCUCUGAUAAUGUUUUGUCCGCGGAAUUCUCGUUCUGUUGGAACGAUAGGUGACAAAGAUUGCGGACAUUAAAACGCCUUUGAACGUGACGAUUCGAAGCCUCUGCAGGGUACGUACACGACCGUGUUGUUCGGGACGUCGCGACGAGGUUUUGAUAUGUGCGCCCGCAUAUCUGUGAAGCUCGCUUCAUCCUACUGCUCUGUGGCGGAGCGUGGGAGCGGGCUUCAUGUGAUCGAUCGUAGACAGGGACCAUUGAGAGAAUUCCGCCCAUUAUCUAUCCGGGCGUUGCUUGGAUGAGGCCAAUUCCAUCAGGGUGGUGACCCCGGUGCGAGAAGUUCAGCCUCGCUCGGGUGACGAGUCUG